CUUUUAAAUAUUUGAAAAUCAUAAAUGCUCGCGGUCAACCUUUCCCCAUUCAUUCUUCACACAGAUCUAAACCAUCAUCUUUUUGAUAAAAAAAGAAAACAUUCAAAAUCACACACACUUCAAAUCCAUGGCCGUUUCAUGUUGGGCUAGCGGCACCCUCUCUCUCAAACCCACCUCCGAUACUGCUCCUCAAACUGGCUCCUUUCCUCGCCGGAGCAAAAUCAGCUGCCCGCCAGAAUUUUUUCCGGCCAGAAUAAAAAAAUCGCUAAACAUGGAUUUGAUUGUUAGGAAGGCAUCACCGGAGGUGAUCGGAGAUGCGGUGGCUUCUUUUCCGAUUCCCGGCGGCAUCCCGGGGCUCUCGCUGCCCGUCGGCGACAAUCCAUGGUUAGCAGGGGUUGCUGGGCUGCUUGUAGUUGUACCUUUAAUGGUCCAAAGGCUAUUAACAUUAACAAAGCAGGUUGACAUGGCGGCCCAAACAGUCGAGAAAAUAGCCGACACUGUGGGAAAAGUGGCGGAGGAGGUGGAUAAGGCGGCCGAAAACCUUGCAGAGUCAUUGCCUGAGGGAAGCCUUAAGAAAGUCGUUGGUAUCGUGGAGGAUCUGGCUGAAGAAACCGUAAAAGAUGCCCAAAAAGUCGAAGAUUUGAUGGAUAAGGUAGAAGAAAUGGAUGACAAGCUCGAGGAAUUUCUGAACAAGAACUUCAAAGGCAGUGAUAAAGCCUGAUCUAUAGUAUAGUCAAUAAUGAGAAAACAGAACAAGUAUUUAUUUUUUCAAUCCAAGAUUGAAUUUUUUUUCUUGGAUUAAAUUUAUUUCCUCCUGGAAAAUUUAUUACUACUCUAGCUAGAUAGUCACAAUUUGAUUCUAUGUUCUGAGUUUUGUAAGUUUGUAACCUUAUUGUCAAGGAAAACUAUGGAAACUGAGUAUCGAACUUAUAUUUAAAACUUCGUUUACUAUAUUUUCUUUGAAAUAACAUAGGGAGUUUCUGCAAGGACCCGAAACUUGAGAAGGAAAGAGGGAAAAAAAAGUUCGAAAAAGAACUUCAAUAAAAGUUUUACAUUUCACAAUAUAA